CCUUCCUUCCUCCCUAGCCAGUCCGCCCGCCUUCUUCCCCCUCUUCCCCGCCCGGCCUCCCCCGCCUUCCCCUGCGGGCCCCCUCCCCGCAGGGAUAAUAUGGUCUCCGGCGAUGGACGCCCCAAGUGCAGGAAACACCUUUGAGUACCUUAUUGAAACUUUAGAUGACAGUUCACAUAAGAAGUUCUUCAAUGUACCUAAACUUGGAGGCACCAAGUAUGAUGUUCUGCCUUACUCAAUACGGGUCCUGUUGGAAGCUGCUGUGAGAAAUUGUGAUGGCUUUUUAAUGACAAAGGAACAGGUUAUGAACAUUUUAGACUGGAAAACCAAACAAAGCAAUGUCGAAGUGCCCUUUUUCCCUGCCCGUGUUCUUCUUCAAGAUUUUACUGGAAUACCGGCAAUGGUGGAUUUUGCUGCUAUGAGGGAGGCAGUGAAAACUCUUGGAGGGGAUCCUAAGAAAGUCCAUCCUGCCUGUCCUACAGAUCUCACGGUUGACCAUUCGUUACAAAUUGACUUCAAUAAAUGUGCAAUACAGAAUGCUCCAAAUCCUGGAGGUGGUGACUUGCAGAAAGCAGGAAAGCUCUCUCCACUUAAAGCGCAGCCUAGAAAGCUUCCCUGCAGAGGCCAGACUGCCUGCCGAGGAUCGUGUGAUUCUGGAGAACUAAGCCGAAACUCAGGAAAAUUUUCUUCGCAGAUUGAGAAUACACCCAUUCUGUGUCCUUUUCAUUUGCAACCAGUGCCUGAGCCUGAAACAGUGUUAAAAAAUCAAGAAGUAGAAUUUGGCAGAAAUCGAGAGAGGCUUCAAUUUUUCAAGUGGAGUUCAAGAGUUUUUAAGAAUGUGGCUGUAAUCCCUCCUGGAACUGGAAUGGCUCAUCAAGUAAACUUAGAAUAUUUGUCGAGAGUGGUUUUUGAAGAAAAGAACCUCCUCUUCCCAGACAGUGUCGUUGGCACAGAUUCUCAUAUAACCAUGGUGAAUGGUUUGGGGAUUCUGGGGUGGGGGGUUGGAGGCAUCGAAACAGAAGCAGUUAUGCUUGGUCUGCCAGUUUUUCUUACUUUGCCAGAGGUGGUUGGAUGUGAGUUAACUGGCUCAUCAAACCCUUUUGUUACAUCCAUAGAUGUUGUUCUUGGCAUUACAAAGCACCUCAGGCAAGUAGGAGUGGCUGGAAAGUUUGUUGAGUUUUUUGGAAGUGGAGUUUCACAAUUAUCUAUAGUGGAUCGAACUACAAUAGCAAACAUGUGUCCAGAAUAUGGUGCUAUCCUCAGCUUUUUCCCUGUUGAUAAUGUGACAUUAAAACAUUUAGAACAUACAGGUUUUGACAAAGCCAAACUCAAGUCAAUGGAAACAUACCUUAAAGCUGUGAAAUUGUUUCGAAAUGACCAGAAUAAUUCAGGAGAACCUGAAUACUCCCAGGUGAUUCAAAUUAAUCUGAAUUCAAUAGUCCCAUCUGUCAGUGGUCCAAAACGACCUCAGGAUAGAGUUGCUGUGACAGAUAUGAAAAAUGAUUUCCAAGCUUGCUUAAAUGAAAAGGUUGGAUUUAAAGGCUUCCAAAUUGCAGCUGAAAAGCAAAGCGAUACUGUCUCUCUUCAUUAUGAAGGAAGUGAAUAUAAGCUGUCUCAUGGAUCUGUGGUCAUUGCUGCAGUUAUCAGUUGUACCAAUAACUGCAAUCCAUCUGUCAUGCUUGCUGCAGGUCUUUUGGCCAAAAAAGCUGUUGAAGCUGGUCUGCAUGUUAAACCUUACAUAAGAACAAGCUUAUCUCCAGGCAGUGGGAUGGUUACACAUUACCUCAGUUCGAGUGGAGUGUUACCAUAUCUGAGUAAGCUCGGAUUUGAAGUAGUUGGCUAUGGAUGUUCAACAUGUGUGGGAAAUACAGCACCCUUAUCAGAAGCAGUUUUAAAUGCAGUAAAACAGGGUGAUUUGGUUACUUGUGGAGUUUUAUCUGGAAACAAAAAUUUUGAAGGUCGUCUUUGUGAUUGUGUUCGUGCCAAUUAUCUUGCCUCUCCACCCUUAGUGGUAGCUUAUGCCAUAGCAGGCACAGUGAAUAUAGAUUUCCAGACAGAGCCUUUAGGUACUGACUCUACUGGCAAGAACAUUUACCUGCAUGAUAUUUGGCCUAGUCGAGAAGAAGUUCAUCAGAUAGAGGAAGAACUUGUUAUAUUAUCCAUGUUUAAAGCAUUAAAAGAGAAAAUAGAGAUGGGAAAUAAACGUUGGAAUUCCUUAGAAGCACCAGAUUCGGUUUUGUUUCCGUGGGACUUAAAGUCUACUUACAUCAGAUGUCCUUCAUUUUUUGAUAAGCUUACCAAAGAGCCAGUUGCACCCCAGCCCAUUGAAAAUGCCCAUGUCUUGUUAUACCUGGGAGACUCUGUCACAACAGACCAUAUAUCACCUGCUGGAAGCAUUGCUAGGAGUAGUGCUGCUGCUAAGUAUUUGACAAACAGAGGCCUUACCCCUCGUGAAUUCAACUCUUACGGAGCCCGAAGAGGUAAUGAUGCUGUGAUGACAAGAGGCACUUUUGCAAAUAUCAAGCUGUUCAAUAAGUUUAUUGGAAAACCAGCUCCUAAAACAAUUCAUUUUCCAUCAGGACAGACGCUAGAUGUAUUUGAGGCCGCAGAGCUGUAUCAGAAAGAAGGUAUCCCACUGAUUAUUUUAGCAGGAAAGAAAUAUGGUUCAGGAAAUUCAAGAGACUGGGCUGCGAAAGGACCAUAUUUGCUGGGUGUGAAAGCUGUUUUGGCUGAAAGUUAUGAAAAAAUUCACAAAGAUCAUUUGAUUGGAAUUGGCAUAGCUCCGCUUCAGUUCCUUCCAGGAGAAAAUGCAGAUUCCUUGGGCCUCUCUGGCAGAGAAACAUUUUCUUUAAAAUUUCCUGAAGAAUUGUCUCCUGGAAUUACAUUAAAUAUGAAGACAAGCACUGGAAAAGUAUUCAGCGUGAUUGCUUCGUUUGAAAAUGAUGUGGAAAUAACAUUGUACAAACAUGGAGGAUUACUAAACUUUGUGGCACGAAAAUUCUCAUAGUAUCUACUCACUAAGGAUACCUUUCAUAAGUCGUAACUGUAAACAAAGCCUUGUGUGCUGGACCCAGGAAUCCUUACCAUGGAGCUGCAGAUGGUCCCAGUAUGCUCUCUUAUCUCAUCCAUGGGUGUAAAUGAUUAUGAAUCAACGCAGUGACUGAAAUGAAAUCUUCUUGAUUUUAAAUAAUAUACGAAUGGUGCUAUUAACAUUGCUAAAAUCAACGUGUAAAGUGUGUUGUGGAUGAGACCUGUAAGUAUGGGGGGGAGGGUAUUUUAUCAGACCAUUUUGUAAAUAAAGGCAGAAUUUGAAUUUGUGUUGAAGAUUCUUAUAUGAAUAACCUUCCUGAAGUCAUCUAUUUAGUUUUGCACCUAUAAAACUGUAUACUGCUGUUUGUUGGUUUAAGAGUAGCAGAUUGAAAUAUAAGAAGCCAGAUUAGACUCUGAAAUUGUGUAAGUUCAAAUCUGAUUUAUAAAUGGGCUUUCAGAUGUAUUCAUUCCUUUUCAACAUGGAGCUGGACAUAGUUGGCAUUCUUAGUUUGUAAUAUAAGCCAGGGUUAUCCUCAGUCUCAGCCUAAGUGCAAGGGAUGGAACCUGCCCCAGACACAAUCAUUUUCUCCAAUCCAGCCAAGGUUUCCUCCUCAUCUGAAGAUGGACCAUUUAUCACAGAAUACAGCUGAUUGUGUAGCACCAUGUAUUAACAGUAGAAAUAUGUAUCACAUAUGCAGCCCUUAAGUUUUCGGUAAUUUGCUACUGUGACCCUCUCUGGCAAGCCUCAGAUGGCAUUAUAUUAAUUGGAUUAGACUAUUUUGCUCACCUUAUGUGAUACUGUAACUUUAUAUUUUAGGUUUCAUUAACCAAAAUUCCACAUUCAUUUAUAGUCGCUAAAGAGAACUUUAUUUAAUCAUUAAUCACUAAAGUGAUUUUCCUCUAGACUUUUAUCCACCCUAAAUUAUGUGGUUCCUCAACCCUAAGCAUUUUUUUAAAUGUUGGUUACUUCUUAAUUAUUUAAAUAGAUUUCCUGUCAUUUUGAAUCAUUGUUUUAUCUAGGAUGCAUGAUUCUAUUAAUUUUGUUAUGUUUUUGUUUUAACCAAAGCUGACCAUCAGGAUAAAACAGUUAAAUUGCUACUGUCUGAGUACCAUAUUUUCUCUAUAUCAUGUCUGUUGACCACAUCAAAUGUUCUGGCAACAAGAAGUUUGGCAACUUUUAAGAAAAAGGUUGGAUAACUAAUUCCAGAAAGACCUAUACCUGUUUGUUUUUUAAAUUAAGAAAUUAAACUUAGCAGCCAAAAGGUUAAUUUUUAUUUUUUUUUCUCACAUGGAAAUCUUCAUAUGACCUAGUUAAGUUACUGUGAUUCAGAAUUAGCUCACAUUGCACAGAAUAAAGAAUUGUUUGUUUUAAGCUAAAAUGCUGAAACUACCAAACCAGUGGGUAAAGACCACUGAGAACUUUGCACAUAGCAGUUAUACAAUCUUGUGAAAAUAUUCUGCAAAUAUGUGCUUAGACAAUUAGAUGGACUAGAGUUUGACAAAAUGAUUUCCCUUCUUUAAGUUUUUUAUAAAUAUUUUCUUUGGUACUUUCAAAUCAUAUUGUGUUUUUUGAUAUUAUGCUGUGUAUAUGUCAGUGCAUGUGUUCUUGAUUUACAUGAAAACAUGAGGUAGGGAGGGAGAAUUUACAAGUUGAAUGUUAAAAUAUCUGUUAUAUGCUUUGAAGAAAUGAUAAUUCCAGAUUGUAUGUGUGUGGGAAACAUCUGUAUUAUUUUUAAGUCAUACUAUAACAUGUAGCCUUUGGGCUGAAGAGUGGGCAUCAUCAUAAACGGCUGAUCCAGGAGAUGAAGAUGCUAAAGCAAGCCAGCUAUGAAUUAAGCAUUUAAUUUUCCAGUCUACCUAGUCCAGUAAUAGUACAAGCAAAUCUUGUGUUUCAGGAAUAAAAUCAAGGUCCUCUUAAUCUCUCAUAUACAGUGAUCCAAAAAGCUCGAUAAGCAUAGUUGUCAACUGAGGAGGAGAGUCAUGGAUGUUAUGUUCUAGUGUGUACCUUAGAAUUCUGCCUCUAGCCAAAUUCUCUGUUUGCAAUAAUGUGGCAUCUGUUGGUUUUUAUUGUUUUACUUUUCUCCUUUGUUGACUAUAUCUGGGUAAUUUUGUGUUUAUAAAAACACACAAAUAUCAUGGAAAGGAAGUAUAAUAGGCACAUGAGAGAAGCAAAUCAGUGUUGUGAAUUUAAAGUAUAAUUUCAAAGGUCAUUAUCAACAGCAGCAUUUUUUGUUUAUCUUUUAAAAACCAUUGUUACCAAUUACCAUAUUUCAUGCCUUGGGUUUUGCUACUCCUAUAAAAUGAAACCAGUGAAAAUGUCAUCCAACCACUGAAUUGCCAUUAGUACACUUAAAAGGUUUCCAAGAUGACAGUUGUCAUUUCCUCUUUUAUCUCCAAGCUGACAUUUGAAUGAGAGGAAUCAGAAUCUGUUUAGCCAGAUUGCUCAGUUUUUCACUGGUCAUCAAACUUCAGUGGUACUAAGGGAAAAAAGUACAGCUAAGACCUAAAUCAGAGUCAUAGUUGUUUGCAUAUAUGGUAACAGUGUUGUGUGCAUUCGCCUUCUCUGAUGAGUGACAGGAUGAGGAGAAAUUAUUUUGACUGACAUUUUUCUAUGGUUGAAUUAAGACACCUUUCUUUUUUGCCUUUAGGUUUAGGAGACGGCACUAAGAUACUGGAGGUUCACUCUAUCUUAGUUUGAUUUGGAGUAACAAAAGAGAGGGGAAGGAGAUGGACUUAGGCUUUCUUCAGUGGCUUCUUCCCCUAGAGUGUGAUAGUGCCGAUGUUUCUAUCAAUUUUACACAUAAUGUGUGACUAUGAAACUGUAUGUCUCACUUAAGUAACUAAAUCAUUGUCUAAUAGUUAAAGCCAACAACACAGUGUAACAGUUUUAAGUUCAAUAAUAUUAAGUAUUGUAUAGAAAUAUAUUGGAGGCAAAGUUCAGUUGAUGACAAUUGUGUAUAUGUUAUUGAUGCUGUAAAUUAUUUUUAAUAAAGAAAAUUGUAUUAUCACA